AUGGUUGUGACAAUGAACAAUUCGAAGCCGAAUCCUCAACGCACACAAGAAGGAUAUCAUAGACCUCCGACAGUUAUCAUCGUCUAUGACCAACCGAAAGUCGUAGUCGAACGACACUACACAAAAACAUUUGUUCCUCAUGUUAAUCCUGUCGAAUAUGAACAUCGAUUCAGUAAUGUCUUACUUGACACAUCAACACUACUAGAUCUUGUUCGGCGACUUAAUAUUCGAGAAGAUGAAAUUACACCUCCACCCUAUCGUCAAUUGUUUUAA